AUGCGGGAGGACCUCUGCGGGCCCCCAGCCCAGCGCACACACAAGCGCUCCAGACGUCUGCACGUGGUGAGCCGGACGGUCCCGGGGACUCAGCGGGCCGACGGGUCUCAGCAGCCCCUGCCCCCGCGGGAAUCCAGCUCCUGCUCUGAGCCCCCAGUGUGCCCACCCCUGGAGCGCCUCGGUUGUCAAGCUGGGGUGCCCACCAGGCAGACAAAGAGGCUUCCCUUCUUGCGAACGAACGAACGUACAGAUGCUUUACAGGCUGGGUCAUGUGAGCCCCAGGCGCCCCACCCUCUUCCUGAAAGGACCUUUUCCUGCCAGCUCCUUCCAGGGUCUUGCCUGACGCAGCAGCUUCGGGAGGCCCUGCUGGCCGUGCCACCCAGGGUCUCACCCCCAAGCAGGCACCGCACCAGCGGCCCGGCCGCAGAGCUUCCAGAUCCCAAAGGUGCUGUGGCUGGAGGAGAAGGGAGCCCCCACUGCCAAGUGGGCUCUUGGCCAUCAGGUUCUCGGAAGAACUUUUCCAGUGGAGCCGGCUCUGUCUCCCAUAGGCAGCGCGCACCCACACUGCAAGAGUGCCGAGGAAACCAUCCUGGUGCCGGGCAGACCUCACCAUCCAUCCGUCCGUCUUCAACAAACACUUCCUGUGGGAGGAGCACCCCCCACCCCCCACCCCACUGCCUCCCAGUACUGACCCUGCAGCCCAUCCAGGCCUCCCGGAUGGUAGUUGGACUGCCUGGGUCAGAACCAUCCAGAGUCCUGGCUGGUCACACCCACUCCUCCCAGGCCGCUCUCCAGGGUAGGACACCAGGGACACCGGAGAAGCCCUGCAUCGCCGCAUCUCUCAGAAGGUGCCGAAGGCCUAGCAGAGCAGCCAGCACAGCGGCUGGCUGCAAUGGAGCUGUGGGGGGGGACCCUGCUGUUGGCGCUGUGCCCUACCCACUCCUGGGGCUGCAGAGACCCGGGCAGAGGCCUGCUUGGCAGGAGUGUUAAUUCCCCCACACCGCCCAACAGGACAGGCCCUGUCCCACCUGAGCCCGUGAAUUCGAGGAAAGGGACGAUGCCUCUUUAGAGGCCGGGGGUCCCGGGGCGAGGUCUCUGGGCUCCCCCCUUCCCACACCUCUCUAGUGAAGGCCUCUUCCUUGUAAGGGACCCAGCUGGAAGCACCCCAGAAGACCCCAUCAGGCCCAGGUCACAUAGCAAGAGAGCUGGGGUGGGGGUAGGGUGCAGGGGUGGCUUGAAGCCUUCCAAAGCACCCACACACCUGUGGUGGCUAUGCUGGGGCAUUGGGGCCGCAGAACCCCUAAAUUGCGCCAGGGACUCCUGGCCCCCCUGAAGGCCUCGUUCAUGCUAAUGGCUUUUCAGGGGUCCUUGUGCACCAGGCCCCCUUCUCCCGGCUGGCACGAUCAGCGAUGAGUUCAACGCCAGGAAAAUUAUUAAUUUCCAUCCUCAAGUUUACUUCUGGGGAAGUUUGCCAAUUAACUCAGCAAGCCGAGGCGCCCAGAGUUAAGAGGGACAGGCGGGCAGAGACCCAGCACAGUCCUUGUGAGGGGUGUGCGGGGAAGCCGUGUAGGCUCCAUGACCCUCAAGAGCUCGGAGGGCCACAGACAGAGGAAUUAGGAGGCCACCCCCAGCCCCUACCCACCCAUGGCUGCUAGCAAGGGGUAGGAGAGCAAGGCCGUCUGCUCUUCCAGGCCACCGCGGCUGCUAAAGUGUGUGUGUGUGUGUGUGUGCGUGCGUGUGUGCAUGUGUGCGCAUGUGUGUGCUGGGGGGCAGGGAUGAUAGGCUGGGCCGGGAGCCCUGGCCCUCACAGUGUGCACGUGUGAACAACAAAGCUGAUAGUUUAGCACUAGGUCUGGAUGGCAGGAGCUGGUGGCCUUGGAUCCUGUGACAACCAGGGCCAGAGUGCGCUUCGGGGUUUCAGAUGUCCUGCCGGACGGUCCCCAAUCCCAGUCCUACACAUCCUUUCUUUCCCUCUUUUGUUCAAAGCCAAGCCCCUCCACUUCAACGCUGGGUUCCACUCCGGUAGCCUUGGCUACCACCUCUCCUGGGUCCCCCCGUCGCGGCUCUGGCCUUGCCCUGCAGUCUGUGUACAGGCAGGGGAGGGGGUGGAGGGGUGCAGAAGGCAGGCAAGGGGACACACCUGCUGGGGCUGUCUGGGCCCUCAGGCCUUGGCAUUGCAGAUAAGGCCAGCAGGAGUCGGCUGGCCCCUCCAGAGGCUUCAGAAAUGGGAAUGAGAUCCUUCCACAAGGCCAGAAGGGGAGCUGAGCCUAGGUAGGGCUCCUGACAGUGGGGGGAGUCCCCGGCAGGCUGCUUCUGGACCCGAGGAACGAGGAACCCACCCUGCUUCCCACGGGAUGGGCAGGGGACCACUCUGCCCAAGGUCCCAGGGCCCCCGGGGGACAGUCGCGCCCAGCAAGCUUUCAGAUGUCUGGCUCAAGAAUGCUUCCCCAGGCCUGCUCUGCAGCAUCCAGGAGCAGAAGAGCAAGGCCUCAGGGUAACUUUUCAUUGCUUUUUUAUUAUUUAUUAUUUAUUUUUUAAAAAUAUUUAU